UGGCAUUUCCAUAUCGGGAUAUCGUUGCGCACUCCUUGUCACCCGGCACCUCAGAAUACGUUCGAAAGCCCACGAUGGAGGGUCGAUGCUACUUCUUACCCUACUUCUCACCGUUCGGUUCCGAUUGUGUUGGCGCUAAAGGACAGGAUACAGGGAGGGAAAUGUGAUGCCUAGCGACCCCGAAUUUCGAGGUAUCACCAGGCCUGAAACUACAAAUAUGGGUGGUGCUUCCUUUCAAUUUUAUGGAGGUUUUGUUUUUUGUUUACAACCCGAAGACAUUGACGAUGGCCACUCAAGAGCUUAUCAAUUCCAUCAGCGCUGCCUCCAAUGUGCCCACCGUAGAGCUCAAGGAGGAGGAGCGUGUAGCUCUCCUCGCCGCCUGCACGAACCUCAAAUCGAAGUUGGAGACUCCUCGCGAGGCAACACUCCAGUUUUUAUUUGCUCCUCAUCAAUCAGUGGCCCUUAGGUUGGCAGUGGAUAUGGGCCUGUUCGAUGCUUCUGCUAAAUUAUCCGCCGACCGUGCAGAUGUACGUCUUGAUGACCUUGCCUUUUUGGCUGGUGUGGAUCCGCUACUCGUUAGGCGCGUUAUGAGGUUCUUAGUCGGAAUGGGUAUAUUUAGUGAAAAGGGGGAAGGGGUAUAUACACCGCUGAGACUCGCGAAGCUCUAUGUCACGGCUUCUCCUUUAGCACAAGGAAUUAUUCAUAUAACGUCGCAGAACGAGGUUGUUGCGGCUUUUCCCUCCUAUUUUUCUUCGAAAGGCUAUAAGAACCCCGACGACGCCUACGAUGGUGUCUUCCAAUUCGCACGAAAGACACACUUGCAUUGUUUUGACUGGCUUGCCACGAAGCCACGGCUCCAGCAUGCGUUCAACAGUGUAUUGAGCAUAUCUCGAACGGCGCAGGGCACAAAUUGGUUUGAGUACUUUCCAGUCCUAACAAAACUGCAGCUGGGGUCAACUUCGGAUCCGCUCCUUGUCGACAUUGGUGGUGGAAGAGGACACGACCUCAUCGCUUUCAAAGAGCAAUAUCCAGACCUGCCAGGAGAACUGAUUCUUCAAGAUAUCCCUGCUGUCCUCAAAGAUGUGAACGAGUUGCCCGCUGGCAUACGAGCCAUGGAGCAUGAUUUCUUCUCCCCACAGCCCAUCAAACAUGCAAAGGCUUAUUACCUUUCAAACAUACUUCACGAUUGGCCUGAAACGCAGGCACUGAAGAUACUCGAACACAUCAAAAACGCGAUGGGUCCAGACUCGAUACUCCUCGUCAGCGAAAACGUCCUCCCUGAGACGGGAGUGACACUGCUUUCGGCGUCCAUAGAUUUUAUGAUGAUGGCAAAUUUUUCGGCUCUGGAACGAACGAAAAAGCAGUUUGAAUCUCUGUUGGAUCGGGCUGGGUUUACGUUAGUUGGGUCGUGGGCACCUCCCAACUUGGCCGAAGGUGAAGACAGAAGGCUCCUGGAGGCCGUGCUGACGGGGUGAAAGCGGAGCUUCCAAGUUUUCCCUUGGGGAUAAUGCUGGCGAGACGUUCAUGGCAGCUCGCACUAGCUACUACCUUAGGAUAAUGACUAGUGCAAUGUUGUCAUAGGAUUGGAUGGCUGCCGUUGCGUGUGAAGAUAAGACUAUUUAAAUGAAGCUUUUUUAUAUCCAUAUAUGAAUAUUUAGACAUCUCUCUACUUUAGCUCAAUAUACUAAAUACUAAUCAGUAAUCUCAGUAGUUCUCCACGAAGUAGAUCAAGCCGCACACUCCAGGAGAUAGACAAACACGGGAAAGUGAAAAUAACAUACGCAAAUGCAGUUCCAAACAGCACAGAUACCCUUUGCCCCUCGCAAUCCUUUCUAGCGUCCAUUGAUCCGUUUUUAAUAACCCAAAAAGAGAGACAUAAAGAGGGUAUAUAUGUAUAUAUAUAAUUUAUGUACUGUUUCCCACAAAAAUAAAACCAUUCAUUCAUUCAUUCACAUCAAAGAAAUUGAGAUGAUAGUCCGGCGCCGUUCGAGCCGCCAGCUCCGCCGGAGCCACUGUUGCCAGCACCGCCGCCGCCCCCUCCUGCUCCUCCACCACCGCCACCACCGGCGCCGCUAUCGGUAUACUGGUCUUUCAGCAACACUUCCAACAUGUCGAACUCGCCGACCAUAGGCCCGGUACCGCCGAGUCCCUGGUCAACGCCAGCCGUAGAGCUGUUGAAGAACUGGUCAAGCGGCAAGGCAAACCAAUCAGACAUGGUAUUCGAAUUCGAUCCUGGCCCGCUGGUGCUGAUCGACUGCGGAGCUAUCGUGGGGUCGUCGACUUCCAUCUUCGGAGAAGUGCUGUGGUCGUAGUAGUUAUAGUAGACAGACGGUGGAGGGGGCAUAAAGGAUACGUUAAUGUUGGAGGAAUUGAUCGGUUGUGCGGGGAUGCUGGCGAGUGGAUCGUUGGUGGUGGAUGGCGCGGAGCUGCUGUGGUUGGAGUUGUCGAAUUGGAAGUUUCCUGUGCCUUGGCCUAGAGGAUUCGUCUGCCAGCGGAUGUCGCUCUGGCUGUCGCGGGCUUGCGGGGACUGCUGUCUGGAAGCUGGUAGAGGGGUGCGUUCUCGACUGCUGCAAUCCACGCGGUCAAAAGGUGCGAACCGCAAGAACCUCGUUCGGAUGUUCGACGUAAGCAGCUGAAGAAGAUCUGCUAUGGUGACACUUAGGUGGACAUCGUCCACUAUACAGGUUCGUAAGGAUUCGAUGGUGCGGUCUUGAAGUUCGAGUGAUAUUCUCACGUCGUCUUCUUUUGCACCCAACGU